GAAAGAGCAAAAAUUUCAAAAUGAAAAUAAUACUUUAUAUCGCAUCGAGUUUAAGUGUUUUUAUUUUGUUUGGUGACUGCGCUGUUUUUCAAACCUUUAACGACGAUGAUUUGAGUAGUUGCUAUAUACACUUGGUCUGCGUUCUAAAUGAUACUGCCGAUGUUUACCAAUUUGUGGAUAACUCUUCAGCCCAGGUAAAGACAAAAAUUUGGGAAUAUGUAUAUCAAGUCCUUGGAUAUAAAGGACAACAUUCUAGAGAACAUUUCGAAAAGAUGAAAGAUGUUUUCUGCAACAAUACAGAUGAAAAAAAACAAUUGGACUUCUACGAAAUUUUCUCCUUCGGUUAUGAAUACGUGUUUGAAGUUUGUCGAAACCCUUUCUCAGCAUUGUGCAAGGAAUUAGAUGAAUUAAUGAUGAAGAUAAGUGUUUGGAUUAAAAAAGUUAAGGAGAGUGGAAAAUGUGAUGGAGCAAAACCAUUAACGAAACCCAAAAGUAAACCAAAGGACCUUUUUGGCUGAUGAGUAUCUGGAAAACUUCAAUUUAUGAAGAAUACAGACACAAUCUUUGUCUGCUCUUAUAAAUGUCGUUCAAAAUCUAGUAAGAUGAACGAAAAUAAAUGUUUAAAAAUGA